AUGCACAACAGGAUUCAUCACCAUCUGAUUUACGAACGGAUCUUGUGUUUCAUCAAGAAACAAGUUGCCUUAACCCUGCAACAAGGGUUUGUGAAGCUUGGACUCCAUGGUUUGCAACCAAAGUUUCAGCUCUGUUCACUGGACUCUGUCGAGGCUGAUGGUCUCGUUUUUUACAGACAAGAAAAGGAGAAACUCAUCAAGUACUUUCAUAACCUCCCUUGUCUCUUCAGUUUGACGGUUGAUUUGCAUCCACACAACGACAAAGAGCCUAGGGCAACCGAAGAUGUGGUGGUAGUGUCCGGAACAUCUGAUCAAAUGAGAGCUGCACAGAGCCUUAUCCACGCCUUCAUUCUUUGUGGACAGACAUUUCCUUGA